AUGGUUUGGGGUGCUGGAUCGAGUGAACUCCUGGUCGAGGCCAACUUUUACUUCGAAGCUCGCGACGCAGAUCAAGGCGGUGACUACCUGAUGCGAGCUUUCAAGCAGCUCGAGCUGGACCUCAGAAAGCUCUCGCCACAAGGCAUCAUGGAACUAAUCCUGGGUAUGAUCAAUCGGGAUCCCGGCAUGAUGACGGCCCUUUGCAAGUACCUUGCAGCAUAUUCGACAACCAAUCUGGAGCGAACCCAUCCUCUCCGGCAAAUCUUCACUUGUCUGUAUGAAGUGCAACAAAAGCAUGGGGCGCAGACGUUGUCUGAGCUCCUGUGGACUAGCAUCUCGACAAUUGCGGAGGAACUCGAGGCCAUCUAUGGACGCAAGCAUCCCCAGGUGAACCCGGAAAGGCUGGAGAAGUUGGUUGUUGAGCUUCGUGUGCUCCAGAGGCAGCUCGAGCAACGACAUGGGCAUUCCAGUGUCGAAGUGGUUUCCAUCCGAUAUGCCAUUCUGCUGUUGGUCUAUGCGUCGUCUCCCCAGUCGGAUGCCUCGAAGCAAGCCGCAAAUGAUUAUUGGAACCUGCUGCGGAAUAUGAACACCAUGUUUCCCAUGCGCGACUCCCGUCCGAAUAGUUACUGCUAUCACAGCCCGCUCAAGGUCGAUCCGUGGACAAAGAGGUGCCGCAGGCGGUACGACACACUCGUCACCAUAUUCGAGGAGCAUGUAGGCGUUAGAAUCAAUCCCUAUUUCGAAGAGGACUUCCACACGACCGAGCACGCUCAAGAAACGCAGGAUGCCUGGGCGGCAGCUCUGCAAAUGGGUUCGACGAAUAGAUCUUGGGGCUUCAUCUAGCGGUUUCGCUUUCAGAAUGUUGGGUGUGUUCCACGCCCAGCUGGCGCAAAUGUCAGGUACCCAAGAUACCUUGUCUCUCGUCUCCUAGCGCGCGGUGCAGCGAGCUUCUUUUUCGAGAUUUCUUUUUCCGGAAUCUAGCGGGCGGUUAAUACCCAGCAUCAGAAGGAUUGCGGCGCAUCUACCUAGCGACAGUUUUUUUCGGUUACGUCCUGUUUGCCACCUCACAUCGAGCCUGGAGUUUUGGACAGUUGACAAUUCUCGCCAUCGCGGAACAUUUUCCUUUCUCAUGUCGCCGACGCUGACAAGUCGAUUUCCUUGGUCUUUCCACGCAAGUUGUUGCACCUCUCGAGCCGGGCGUUAGGGAGGGCCUUUUCCCCCUUGGAUGCGUCGUCAUCCGUGUAUAAUAGUAUCCGUUGUUUUCUGUUUUCCUUUCCUGCGUUUGAUAUGCGAUGUUCAGCUUUCUUGAUACUGAAGACCACGAGGGAGAGGCGGGAAACGAGU